AAUCAAUCACUUUAAGUUUUCAAGUUUCAAGUUAUCUCAAGGUACUUUACAAGGCAAGGGUUAGGUCCUUACUAAACCCAACAAAUUCACACAAUCCCACAUGCCUUUAAUUGUAAUUAUCACAAUUUGACAACAACAGUGAAGGGGAAACAGUCCAGCAAAGAGAGACAGAGAAAGAAAAGCACAGCAACAACAGAGCAGAGGUAGAAUGGUUGGACCAGGGACUGGACGCUAAAGUUAGUGCUGAAUAUGAAACCACAACCAUUAAUAACACAUGCAAUUAAAAGAUUUUAGAUGAAUGAAAAAUGUUUUCGAAAAUUUAAAAUGAGUUAAAGCAAUACAUUGAUUUUGUUAGAUGAAGAGCAAUGAUUCAUAAUGGUUUUAUUGUUUGCAUUUGUAGACCAUCCCCUCUAUAAUCGCGAGUUUCUCAGUUCCCCUGAACGUCUCAGCUUCCCGUUAGAAGUCACUUACCUUACGUCAAUAUUUUUCAUUUUAUACCAUUCUUGAUAUGAUAAUAAUCGUAUCUAUAUCACCCCAGAGUUGGACGCUGAUCGCCUGCACGUAGAGCGGAAUCACAGGGAUUCUCUUUAUGAAGAAACGUCUGAUGUGACGUUCAGUGUCUGUGUUUUGACUCACCGCCCCGAACGAGCGGGAGUUUCCGUAUUUGAGCAACGCCGGAGCCCCACUACUAUUAUCUUUUGGUCUCACGCGCGAGCCGCCGCUUAGAUGGAGUGCUCCACGUUUCUCUACGACGUGCCCCCCGCGGUGGUGGAGAGCUUCUGUAAGAUCAUGGACAGCGGAGGCGACAGCUUCGGGUGGCGCGCCUUAGCUGUUCGCAUCGUACCCACCCUGCUAGAGGUGCAGAUGUUGGAGCGCGUGGGCGCAGCUGGUCGGAGUCCUACCAGGGAGAUGCUGUGGUCCUGGGCCCAGCAGAACAAAACGGUGCUGGACCUGCUGACAGUGCUGCAGGACAUGGGCCACCACCGAGCGCUGCAGCUCUUCCACAGUCAGCUGCAAAGCCACUUACAAGCCAUGAACGAUACAAUGUUGCCCCCAAGCAGUCGACACACAGCGUCCACAAGGCAACAAACAGACAUUAAAAUAAAGGAAUCCCUCCCGGUAAAGACAGGUUCUUCAAGUCAAGCACUGAGCCCAAGUUGCUUUGUUUCAGAGAAGCCUCGGGAGGAAAAGCCCCGGCCCACACUCACCUUCCAGGACGUCGUGGAGGGAACCAGGGAUUUUCACCAUGACUUGAGAAUUUCCGAAGGCCAGUUUUCAGACGUCUACAGAGGGCAGAUGGGAGGCAAGACGUUUGCCGUGAAGCUUUUCAAACAGAAUAGCGCGGUGUCCUGGAAGAAGCUGUGGGACAUCUUCAGGAAAGAAAUGGAAAUUCAUCAUUUACACCAACAUCCAAACAUCUUGGAGCUGCUGGGCUGUUUUUCGGACGAGAGGCGCUACUGCCUGGUUUAUCCCUUCCUCCCGAGUGGGUCGCUCUUCCACAGACUGCACCAUCGGGUUCAAGAGCCCCCUCUGUCCUGGCAAGAGCGUCUUAAUAUCAUCAAGGGAAUCGCGAAGGCCUUGCAUCACCUGCACACAAGCCAGCCCUGCCCAGUCAUCUGUGGCAACAUCUCCAGUGCUAACAUACUGCUGGAUGAGGACCAGCCCAAGCUGACUGACUUUGGACUGGCUCGACUACGGCCUCACUCCACCAAUCAGAGCUGCACCAUCAGCCUCAAUGCCGGCUGCCGCGGCAACCUGGGGUACCUCCCUGAGGAGUACAUACGAGAUGGCAAGCUCUCCUUCAGUCUGGACGUCUAUAGCUUUGGAAUGGUGAUAAUGGAAACAGUGACAGGGCGGAAGGUCAUCGAUGAUUCACCAAAACAAACACAGCUGAGAGACUUGCUGAGCACGGAGGUGGAGAACAGUGGUGGCAUGGACUCGUGUCUGCGCUUCCUGGACGGGGCGGCCGGUGAGUGGCCGACGGCCCUGGCGCUCCGCCUUCUGACCCUGGCGCUGGAGUGUGCUGCGAGUCGCCACCGCAGCAGGCCCAGCAUGGAGAAUGUUCUUCCUACACUGAGUCAGCUGCUUCCUCCCCCUGUGUGUCUUGCUGACCAGCCCCACAGCCUCCAUGAUAGCGCCCCCCCCGGUGACCAGCGCGCACACCUUUUGUCUGCGCCUGUGGAGGACGACGAGCAGCGCGGCCUCGCGGCUGGCCCCUGUGAGUGCAGCCAGUCAGAGGUGACGUACCUGAGCGACGUCGCGGGUGCCAACAGUGCGGCCGACGUGGAUCUGUACGGCAGCUGUCCCGUGCAGUGCAGCUGCAGCGAGGCGGCCGGACGGCCCUGCGAGGACUGCAGAGCCAACGGCUUCACGCUGAGCCACACGGACUGUCGCCAGAACUUGACUGUGGUGGAAAAUGAAGCCAAGCAGAGAGUGAGGAACAAACUGAGUCUUUAUAAUAAAGGACUGAUGGACACAGAGGAGCUGCUUUCUGAGACAGGACAGUAGUAGACCUGUGUGUGUGUGUGUGUGUGUGUGUGUGUGUGUGUGUGUGUGCGUGCGUGUGUGUGCGUGCGCGCGCUUGCGUGUGUGUGUGUGUGUGUGUGUGUGAGACAACUGUUCAUAGUUUUUUUUACAUACUUACACACAAGGCCUUAAUCAUAUGAAACACACAGACCAAGCUGCCAGAGCACAAAUAAUAGGUAAAUCAUUGUUAUUAUUGAUAUUUUAACUCAUACUAUUAUCACAAAUAUGACUUACUGUUAAUUUAUUGUUACUUCAUGUUUCUAUGCCGGUGUAAUAACUAGUUUAGGUGCUUUUUCCUUCACCACUCACUCUGAGUUUUGUCCUUUGACCAUAGUGUAGCUUUAAGAAGAGAAAAAAAUAAAAUGAUUAUGCAAUGAAAUGCUUGUAUUCAUCUUGAUCCAGGAGGACUGGUGACGUAUAGAGUCAACUAGUAUAGUGUGAUCAGAUUGAUUUAUCACUAUAGUGAAUAUGGAUGGCUGGUAAGAUGGGUGGAUUGAUAUGCAGGAGUGUAAAUACAAACGUUGUAUGACCAGGGUGAAUGUAGGGUUAAUUUUAUCACAGGUGCUAAACAAAUAAAAAAUAUUAAAACUUC